AUGUCUCUUAAUCAAAGCCAUCAAGCUGGCGUUGGCAGCGUUCUAUUGUUUUAUGGAGAAAGGUUGCUCAUAUUUUAUGAUGGUUGUGAUCUGAAGUUGGGUCCCCCUUUGAAAGGUAAUCACAUGGGAAGAGUUUAUUUAACUUCACAUCGCGGUGAGGCCGAGUUCAAGAUGACUUUCAAAAGGGGUGGAGCUAUUGAAUUUGCACAGGCGCUUAUCGAUCUGGGCAAACGCGCGUGUGCAGCAAAACAAAACUUCCGUGCUCCUCCCCCCUACACUCCCAUGGACAUGAACGGUGCCGGUCAGUUCUACUCGUGCCCACCACCAGCAUAUGCCCCGCCAUACAACGAUCCUUAUUAUGGUUUUAUCAAGCCACACGAAGCAUUCACUCCACCACCACCUUCUUCGUUGUAUCAUGUGGGAGCCCCACCUCCGUACCCAGGGGCAGCGCCGCAAACUGCGAACUCAUGGCCGAGUGCCCCACCAUAUCCACAAGCUGCCGGCUAUCCUCCUCCACCAAGCGCAGUGUAUGAUGGCUCUGGGGCAGUCGGAGGAAAUGUGAAUAGUUCAGAUGCGCCCAUGUCUGCAGCACAUGCAGCGAAAGCAGCGGAAGCAGCUGCAUCAGCCUCGAAUGCAGUCACCGGUGGUUACUACUUCCGCGAAGAUCCACACAACGUUUACGUACCUCCAGGAGAUCUGCCGCCACCCUAUCCGUCUGCCCCGGGAGCGGAAUCAAGCCAGCCACCACCUUACCCGGGAACCAACCCUCAAGAAAAGAAAAACCAGUGA